AUGUACGAAAUCUUUGGCAAGUACGGCGCCAUCCGUCAGAUCCGUGUCGGCAGCACCAAGGAGACUCGGGGCACGGCGUAUGUUGUGUAUGAGGACAUCUUUGAUGCAAAGAACGCGGUGGACCACCUCUCGGGCUUCAACGUCCAGAAUCGGUAUCUCAUCGUGCUGUACUACAACCCGGCCAAGAUGAAGGCAAAGGCCAGCCUGAAGGAGCAGGAGGAGUCGCUGCGCAAGAUGCAAGAGAAGUUUGGGGUGGAUGGCCAGCAGCACCCUGCGCCAGCGCGAUGA